AUGGCAAGUCCUGGCAUCUGGAGUCCUGGUAGAUGGAGUCCUGAAGUGGAAAAGGUUUUUAUCAAAGUUCUAGCUGAUCAUGUUAAUAAAGGAGGGAUUCAUGAUAACUUUGUAUGGAAACUGAUUUUGGAUGAAUUAAAUAUGAAAACUAGACGAAGUUUCUCACUGAUACAAAUCAAGCUAAAGUUUCAUUGGUUAAGGAUCAAGUAUCAUGCUUUUUCUGAACUCCUCCUUACCACUGGCUUUAGUUGGAAUGUGGAAACUAACACUCUAACUGCUGAGGAUUCUGUAUGGCAAAGUUACAUACAGAAACACCCUGAAGCUGCACCCUUUCGUAAAUGGGGCUUCGAGCAUUUUAAACUAAUGGCUAAUGUCUUUAAUACAAGCACAACAACUGGUUUGCUGCAUCAUGCCUCUACCAUAGAUCUUCCAAACUCAGAUGAAGAGCAGCUUGAUAAUGAAUGUGUCAAUGAUAGAGUGCAUGUAGAUGUUGAGGAUGAAGCUGUAACUACACAUGCUGUUGAGCAUACUACUUGUGGUGGGAAGAGAACCACUACUAUGGCGGAAUGCAAACCAGAAAAAGUGUUCAAGUCUACCCCAAUGGGUGAUGCUUUGCAAGCACAAGCAGAUGCGUCUAAAGCAAGAUUGGAGGCUUCACUUGCAAAUGAAGGAUAUAAGUCCAAGAGUGUUGAGGCAACUAGUUCUGUUACGUCAGUUGAUUGUUCUGUUGACUAUUGUGUUGACGCAUUAAAUGAAAUGGAAAAUGUUAGUGAUGAUGCAUAUAUAAAAGCCUUAGAGAAAUUUACUAGCCAUGAGUGGAGAAGGAUGUUUCUGAAAAUGCCUAUAGAGAGGAAAAAAGCAUGGGUAGAAAGGCUCUAA